AGUAUGACUUGUACUUCCUGGUUAACAGUGAAGACACGGUUAUGAUGUUCUAGUUCUAUGAAAUGAAGAUGUAUUUAAAGCUUAUAUUUCUUUCAAUUAUCAUUGAGACUUUCGUUGUGAUAGUAGAAGCGCAAAUAAAUCUUGCAACACAGGGAGUGGCAAUACAAAGCUCUAACUAUCCAAAUUAUCCAGCAAUCCUUGCAAUAGAAGGACCUGCAAAUAAUAAAUGGAAUGCCGGAUGUUCUGUUACAGCUAAUGCACAAAGAUACUCAUGGUGGGCCCUUAAUCUUCCAAGAGUUGCCCAUAUGACAAACAUUCUGAUUUACUACCGGGAAGGUUUUGCUCAUCGUAUGGAUCAGUUUCGUUUGUAUCUAGAGAAUGGAACUGUAGACCAAAUUAGCGCAAGCGGUCUGUGCUAUUCAGACAUAGAAAUAGCUGGUCAACCUGACCUUACUCAAAACAUAACUUGUAAUAUGCUGGCCAAAAAUAUGUAUUUCGUCAACAGUAGAAGUAAUGAAGAUUGUUUUGUGGAAUUGUGUUACGUUGCAAUCUAUGGAUGUUGGAAAGGUUUAUGGGGACAACACUGUACAGUUCCAUGUCCACCGACAUGUAUUGGCAAACAUUGUUAUCCUGCAAAUGGGAGCUGUGUUUGGGGAUGUGACCAUACGAAAUGUAUGAAUAAGAAUUGUAAUAAAGCUACAGGUGUUUGCCUUGGAGGGUGUGUAUUUGGUCAAGCCGGCCAAUACUGUAAUAAAUAUAAUGUGGGUUACAAUCAAACAGCGAAGAUAAUGCCUGUUGGCCAAAAUAAUGCAAGGCUUUCAGUCGAUGGACUCGUAUCAACGUGCAUUAGUUUUUCCUCUCCUGGAACCAAUUACUAUUUGCAGGUUGAAUUUGGAUCUUUAGGUGUUAUAACUACAUUACAUUUUGUUUUUGGAGAUAACACAACUGCUGAUGAUGGCCAUGCAGUCUACUGCUCUAAUACGACUGACAAGUGGAUUGAUGGUAUUUUAUUGUACAAGGGUCCACGUUUGAACACAGAUAUAACCAUCUUUGCUGUUUGCAAAUAUUUGACAUAUGUUCCACCAAUGUUAAGGGGAAAUUCUGUUGUAGAAUUGUGUGAAAUUGAAAUCGGCGGUUGUCAAUAUGGAAGAUACGGGGAAAACUGUGAACAUGUCUGUCCAGAAAACUGUUUUGGAGAAGGACCGUGUGAUUUAGUCAGUGGAAAUUGUUCAUCGGGAUGUUUAGAUGGUUGGGUUGGCGCGAAAUGUGACCAAGCCUGUAUUGCUGGUACCUUUGGAAACCAGUGUCUUCGUUACUGUUCACAGAACUGUUUAUCACCGCCUUGUAAUCAUGUGACAGGAGAAUGUGAAGGAGUAUGCAAUAGAGGAUGGGAAAGACUCAAUUGCACUGACAAAUGUAGUCCCGGAACAUUUGGUUGGAAUUGUUCCGAGAAAUGUAACGGCUGUAUAGAAGAUUCGUGCGAUCAUAUUUCUGGUGUUUGCACAAACUUAAGUGGAUGUAAACCAGGAUAUGAGUAUGGACGAUACUGUAAUAAGACAUGUUCAGCUUGGUAUUUUGGUACAAACUGUACAAAUUAUUGUAACUGCCUUGAUGGUCCAUGCGAUACAUUUUCUGGUCAAUGUUCAACUGUUGGCUGCAAAAGAGGAUGGGGUGGUGUAGCAUGUGAUCAGGAAUGCACGUAUGGAUAUUUUGGAUUCAACUGUAAUGGAUUUUGUGCAAAUUGUUUGAACGAGUCAUGUAGUGUAUUCGACGGCAAUUGUACUGAUGGUUGUUUUUCAGGAUAUAGUGGCGAUAUGUGUGACAUAAAAGAACUAACAAAGAAACAUAUUUCUCAAUCCGGUCCUGGUCCAGCAAUAGGAGGAGUCAUAGGUGCCAUCUUACUUGUGAUCAUAAUAGUAAUACUUGCUGUUAUUAUCUAUAGACGACGAUCAGCUUCCAGACCUAACAAAUAUGUAAGUGACAGCAAACAUUUAAGUGGAACGGCAGAAAACACUUAUAAGAAUCACGAUCCGUCAUCAAAACCGAUGAACGUAUUUGUCAAUGAAGGUUGUGACGCAUAUCUUGAGGAUGUAAGUGUGUCAUUACCUCAAACACAUUCCAGUAAAACAAGUGGUUGUGAUGGAAGCGAAGAAUUACCUCAGGAAUUCGACGAGGAAUGCGAAGGAAAUGUAUAUGGUAAUGUACAAACAGAAGCUGACUACAAAAUAGCCAUAGCAGACCUGAGAAAAGUAAUUUACGAAAAACAGAAAGACGAAGGAUUCAAAAAGGAAUACGAUAUUUUACCAAGAGGACUUGUUCAUCCACAUAUGGAAGGUUCCAAAGAACAAAACAAAUUAAAGAACCGUUUUCUUGCAACAUGGCCAUAUGACCAUUCACGGAUUGUGCUGACUGGAAACACCGAAAGUGAUUACAUUAACGCUAGUUUCAUCGAUAGCUAUGAAAAAGAAAAGGCUUACAUAGCAUCACAAGGUCCGAAAAAUAAUACUAUCAGAGAUUUCUGGCAUAUGAUCUGGCAAGAAAAAGUUAACACAAUAGUGAUGGUAACGAAAUUAGAAGAGGAAAGAAGGAAAAAAUGCGUACAAUACUGGCCUAAAAGCAUCAAUACGGUAAUGCUAGUAGAUAAUUAUAGACUUGUAAUGAAAAAGGAGAUACAACAUACAGUAUACGUGUACAGAUUAUUUAUUCUACAAAACAACAGCUUAAAGAAUAAGCAGGAACGAAAAAUUCAUCAUUUCCAUUUUACUCAAUGGCCAGAUCAUGGUGUUCCAGAUAGCGUCAAAUUGGUUAACUUUUACAGAAAAGUCAAAAGCAUAAAAGUGGAUAAAGAAAAACCAAUGGUGGUGCAUUGUAGUGCUGGUGUUGGAAGAACCGGAACAUUCAUUGCUAUAGAUGCAUUAUACGAGCAUGGACAGAAAGAAGGCUAUGUUGAUAUUAUGGAGUAUGUUCAGACUAUGAGGAAGGACAGAAUGAAUAUGGUACAAACACAUGAACAAUAUGAGGUUGUGUUUGAAGCACUGUUGGAAUUGUUUACUGUUCCAGACACGUCCAUUCACAAGAGCGUUUUCUGUGAAUCUAUUCAAAAGCAUGAGCAAAACCCUUUACCAAGAAAUCAAACAAUAUUUAGAGAAGAGUUUCAGAGAUUGCAAACCUUGCGUCCAGUAUAUGCUGCUGAUAAUUAUAAAACUUCAAAACGUAAAGAAAACUUAUCAAAAAAUUCUUCCAAGUCUGUUCUUGCAAAUGACAACUACAGACCUUACUUAAUGACUUCCGGUAGAAACAGAAACGACUACAUCAAUGCAGUUAUAGUUCCUGGUUAUUUGGCGGAAAGUAAAUUAUUUGUUACGCAGUGUCCAUUGGAUGAAACUGUAAUUGAUUUUUGGACAAUGAUGUUUGACCACGGUUCCAGGAUUAUUGUUUUGUUAGAUCCAGCAAACAAGGGUGCUCCAUUGUGGUUGGAGGAGAACGAAAAGCUUCAGUUUGAUGAUUUUAGCAUAAUAAAAGACAACGAAAAUUUAGAAAAAGAGCUUCAGAUCACUCUGAAUCAUACGAAAAAUAAAGAAACGAUAUCAUUAAAUGUAUUCACUGCUGAUGAUUGGACAAUCAGUAAUACACCACCACCACCAGAAUAUAUGUUAGAUCUUCUGCAGCGUGUACAAGACUGUUGGGAAAUUCAAAAAUGUCCUAUAACAGUAGUUUGCAGUGAUGGUUGUAGCAAGAGUGGGCUGUUUGUGACAUUGAAAUUGGUUUUGGAAAAACUGCAAAUAGAUGAGGAAAUUGAUAUUUUCCAAGUAGUUAGAGAAAUUCAAACAAGGCGACCAGAAUUCCUGGUGGAAUUGGAUCAGUACGAAUAUACUUACAAGUGCAUCAGAUGGCUUCUAGAGAAAGAUUCUCGAGAUUCACUUUAUGCAAACAUUUAGUAAAGCUUCAAUAUGAUUGAAUUGACAAUUGUUUUACACAUCAUUAUUAUAUAUUAUUUAAAUAUUAACUAACACAAAGAACUCCCCAACAUUUCUCAUCACUAUGACAUUACAAUGUAUAUAAUCACAAACAAGUUAUUCAACAGAAAGCAAAUAAUAUACACAAAACAGUUAAUCAGGGUUCUUCCAUUGAUUCAUUCGCUUGCAUUUACUUAAUAGGAAUUGGUUUUAAAUAAUGAAAAUAACUUAUACUGCACUGGAAACAAACAUAUGGGCCUUUGACGUUAAAAUACUAGAGCCUUAAUUUCAGAAAACUGCUGUAAACUUUAUAUAUAAUAAAUAACAUCAGAGAUGCUACAGUUAUGUUUCACAAGUAUCAUUCAACGGAUUUAAAUAAAUUCUUAUUUUUUAUCAUUGAAAUAAUUUUUCACCUGAGAAUACAUUUUUGGCAAAAUGAUAGGAAUAACAUUUCAUAAUUUGGUCUUGUUUAGAUUUCAGUGAAAAAUUAAAAUGACUCUAAAUUCCCCCCAGAUAAUUUUUUUUUUGCAAUGACUUAACGCUGUAUUAUUUGACAAUGCCCGACACCAUCAGUGUUGAAAAACGUUAUAUAUGUAUUCCUCGACAUAAACCUUAACAAGAAAUCCACAUCAUUGUUGCAAUAAGGGGGUUUCGAAAUAUGGAAUCUGGAAUCAGCAUCUUGUUUCCGAUUCUAACGACAUAAUUAUUAUCUUGCUGUUGUUUAUUUAUUAUUUAUUGAAGAAAAGGUUGUAUAUAUUAAGCUGAUUAAUGAAUCAGAAGUCUAUUUAUCCCUAAUGAACAUAUUAUUCUGAUAGUUUAUGUUCACGUUCUAAGAAAAAGAAUAAAAACCUGACAUGAACUCAUGCAUUCCAAACUUUUAAUUGAAAAAAAAGACUGAAACGUGUAUCAUUGUUUUGAACAACCCUACAAUGCUUUAAGUAACUUUGAAGGUGUUACCGAAAUAUACUUAAUUGUACCACUUUCAAUUAAAUUACCAGUCAAGAUUGCCUUCACAGUAAAACUGAAUUUGUUUAGCUAUGAACAGCAGUUUGACUAUCUCGAUCAUCAACUGUUUUUACAUACCAGGACAUAAAGACCCUUCAUUAUUAGACGAAUAUGAUCAGAUAAAUACUCUGUAUGCCAAUUGAUAGGUACUAGUCGUGUUAGUUGUAAGGUGUUUGUCAUAGUGUGCUAGUGAUCAAAUACGGUAUAUAUUGGGUCAGUAAAUUCUAUAUGGGGUGAGAGCGGAGCUUGAAUCCCCAUAUUGACUUUACUGACCCCAUAUAUACCGUAUUAUGUAACUAGCACACUAUGUAACGAAUUACCGACUAUCUCAAUGUGUGAUAUUUAGACUAUAGUGAUCUAUCAGAAUGAGCAAAUCGUCAAUACCGUUGGCAAGUACUUCCAUUGAUCAUUAAAAAAAGAUGCCAACAAUAACAACUUGUUAGCUUUAAAUGUGUUAAAUAUGAAUUUAUUAAAAACUUCAUCAUCAA